AUGUCUCGCGGUGUGCUCGACGUCCGACGCGACGGCGCCGGCGCCGGCGGUCGCGUGUGUCCUCCUGAGGUCGCCAACAGCCUGAAGAUCGCGUUCGCCCUCAUCACGUGCGUUUUCGUCUUCGGAUGUUUCUUCGUGCACGAGCUCAUGGUUGGUGGAUUCCACUUUGCCUUUCUCGCGUACCCUAUGCUCGGAUUCGCCUAUCUCGCGCUGUGCGUGCCCUUGGGGGUGUGUUACGUGAACCACGACGACGUACGAAAGGACCUGAACGUGUUGAAACCUAACGAUUACGUGUGGUUGUGUCGACGCGUGUACGGCGCAUUCCUCGGGGCGAAAGACGGCAAGGUUCGAGGGAAAGAUUUGUGA